CCUUUUGGGAGCUGGCAUCAUCUGAGGAAGAAACCAUAAAUGGAGCUGGAAGAAGAAUGGCAUGGGAGAAGUCAUGUUCCAUUGCUGCCAAGGUUGGAUCGCCUUGAUAACUUGAUGGAGUAUUUAGAAUGGAAGCACAGUUGGUCACGAAGGAGCGACGGCGCGGUGUCUCCGCCGCAGAGGUGGUGCGUGCCGCUGGAUUUGGCGGUGGAAGAAGCCCGUGCCAAAGGAUCGGUGUUGCACCGCGUCGCAGUGCUUGAACACCGGUUAGCUCAGUUAAGCUUAGAAAUGGAAGCAAGCAGCGUAUCAAGCUGUUCAUCAGUGCAUACUCUUGAAAGCCCGUCCAUAUGGCAAGAAUACAGCAACAAACAACAAUUUGCCUCCUUCCGAAGCUCUGAUGGAAGAAUCAUUGAACACCAAGACUGCGGCCACCAGAGAGUUAGCACCAAUAAGCAUGAUUUACUGAAAAUGGUGAAGAGUUCAGCUCCAGAGCAUCUGAUUCCAGAUGCCAGAGAUUCUAUCAGUACCCAAAAGAGUAAGAAGAACCAGAGGAUGUUAAAGAAUUGGCGCUGCAAGAGAUUACUAGGAUGCUAAUUGCUCUGCUGUAUGUAGUCAUCUACAAGCUGCUGAUGUUUAAAAUUUGUAUCGAUGCAUGAUGUUUUUUUGAAGUUUUAGGCUGUUUGGGUCAACAGAUUCCCUUAAUGAUCCAACGUUGUGUCAACAAUGAUGGAAUGACAUUUACCAACUUUAAGUAUGAUCAUAGAUGCAAGGAAGAAUGAAUGAUGAAUAAAAAUAUAAAAAAGU